GGUCUGUGCGCCAGUCGGGUCUGUGCGCUAAGCCCCGCGUUAAAUCUCAUAACACACAAACAGAGUGUUUAAAUGGCGGGCCGUAGUUCAAAUUUUCCCGCCAGUACCGUUCCAGUGUUGUGUUUGCGCCAGGGAGAGAGAGGCAGUGCGUCUUCCGCUAUACUGAGCCCUUGCUGAAAUGGCAUCAACACAGCGGUACAAACAAGAACAAGUGGAGAAAGCUGUGGAGCUGGUAAGAUCUAAACAGAUGUCCCUGAAUGCCGCCUCCAAAACUUUUGGUAUCCCUUACGCCACCCUUGGGGAUAAGGUCAGGGGAAGAAGACCUAUGCAGCCUGCUCCCAAAACAGUUCUGUCAAUGGAAGAGGAGAAGAAGCUAGUAGAUUGGCUGAUUGAAGUGUCUAAACGAGGUUUUGGACGGACCAAAGACGACCUCAAAGACAUGGUGAAAACCAUUCUCGAUGAUAGGGAAGAGAGGACUGUCUUCAAAAACAACCGCCCUGGAAAGGAUUGGAUGCGAGCCUUUUUCAAGAGGCAUCCAGAGAUACGGGAAAGAAUUGGACAACCACUUGGCCGUGAGAGAGCAAUUGUGACAAAGGAUGCUCUAGGUGAAUGGUUUCAGCAAAUGAAACAUUACCUGGACACCAUCGAUCCCACUUUGUUGACCUCUCCUGACCGGAUCUUUAAUGCUGAUGAAAGUGGUUUUAAUAUAUGUCCAAAGACAAAGAAAAUCAUCAGCAUGACAGGAGCAAAACACGUCUACUCUGUCACAAGUGGCAAACGGCAGCAAGUGACAAUGUUGGCCUGCUCCUCUGCCAUGGGGCAGUACCUUCCACCGCUGCUGAUCUUUCCCUACACCAGAGAUCCUCGCUUCAAUGCGUUGGAAGGUUUUGAAGAGGCUUUUUUUCAAAAAACUCCAAAUGGUUGGAUCACUGAGGUGGUCUUUCUUAGCUUUCUGAGGGACAUUUUCAUUCCCAAAUUGGGAGAAAAGCGACCAGUGGUGCUGUUUGUGGACGGCCAUUCCAGCCAUCAUUCCUGGCAAUCUGCACGCUGUGUAACGAGAAUGGUGUCAUCCUUUACUGCCUGAAGGCGCAUGCCAGUCACCUUAUCCAGCCACUGGAUCAAGCUUUCUUUGGGGCAAUCAAACUAGCAUGGAGUGAAGCCGUCAGAAAGUUUCAGUACC